AUGGAACUUCAUGACCCGCCUCCGCCCUACGAGGAACCAGCAGUGAACCCAUGGGAAGCACAAGAUACCCACGUCAAAGAUGACGGGCGCGUUGUGGUAGACGUCACUUCUCGACUAUGCAAAACCAUCUCCCGACUCUUCCCGCAUGUACCGGAAGCGAAUGAUCUACAACCACCCCCACCUCCCGGGUAUUGGGAAGAUAUCAAGCCCAAACAUCGCCUAAACAUCGUCAUUCAGAUUGUCGGCAGCCGGGGAGACGUGCAACCAUUCAUCGCCCUCGGAACAGCCCUGCAGCAAUGCGGCCACCGCGUGCGGAUCGCCACGCAUGGUGUGUUCCAAAACUUCGUGCAGGAGUCCGGACUGGAGUUCUACCCCAUCGGCGGCGAUCCCAGCCAGCUGAUGGCUUACAUGGUCAAGAACCCUGGUCUGAUCCCGCGGAUGAGCAGUCUCCGUGAAGGUGAAAUUUCGAAGAAGCAGUACAUGAUGGCAGAGGUUCUGCACGGCUGCUGGCACUCAUGUAUUGCAAGCGACCCGACUACUCAGGUUCCAUUCGUUGCCGAUGCUAUUAUCGCCAAUCCACCCAGCUUUGCCCAUGUUCACUGUGCGCAAGCUCUGGGUAUCCCGGUACACUUGAUGUUUACGAUGCCUUGGAGUGCUACGCGCGCCUUCCCGCACCCGUUGGCAAAUUUGAAGAACGCAGCGGCGAAUCAAGAUUGGGUCAAUAAUGUUUCUUAUGGUGUUGUAGAUUGGCUAUCGUGGCAGGGGCUAGGAGACGUCAUUAACCAAUGGCGUAAACAGGACUUGGACUUGGAGCCUAUCCCAAUGUCAGAAGGGCCUUUCCUUCUACGAACUCUGAAGGUGCCGUAUACGUACUGUUGGUCUCCAGCGCUGGUACCGAAACCAAGUGACUGGCCUGCCAAUUUUGGUAUCCUCGUUCUAUUUCCUUCCUGUGUCUAUGUUUGUGGUUUUUUCUUCCGCGAUCCACCUGACUUCAAGCCUGAUCAAGCGCUCGAAAACUUUCUCAAUGCCGGAGCACCCCCGAUCUAUAUCGGCUUCGGGAGCAUUGUCCUUGAUGACCCGGAAAAGAUGACACGCACACUCGUUGAGGCUAUCGAGCAAACGGGAGUUCGAGCAUUGAUUUCUCGAGGCUGGAGCACGCUUGGUGGCAUUGAGAGUGAUAAUAUCAUGUACCUGGACGAUUGCCCCCUUGAAUGGCUGUUCCAGCGUGUAAGUGCCGUGAUCCACCAUGGCGGAGCCGGGACCACGGCCUGCGGGCUGCGCUAUGGCAAGCCCACGUUUAUUGUACCUUUCUUUGGCGACCAACCCUUUUGGGGCCAGAUGGUAGCUGCCAACGGCGCAGGCCCCGACCCAGUACCACACCAACUACUUGACGCACAGAAACUCACCCAUGGUAUCCAAUUUUGCCUAAGCACUGAUGCCAUGCAAGCCGCGCAUCGCAUUGCGACUAGGAUGCAACAUGAAUCGGGAGUGCAGACUGCUGUUGCAUCGUUCCAUAAGAAUCUUCCCAAGGAUCUGAAGACCUGUGAAAUUAUCCCUGGGUUUCCAGCAUCAUGGGUUAUAAGGAAACAGAAGAAGAAAAUUUACCUGUCUAAAGUCGCGGUAGAGAUUUUGUUGGAUCAUCUGAGAAUUUCCAAAGAUAAGCUACAACCAUACCAACCCCGACCAAUCCACAUUGAGAACGAAAGAUGGGACCCUAUUACUGGGAUCUCGUCAGCCGGAAUGGGAUGGACGGUAGACAUGCUCAAGGCAUCAGGAGACAUCGUCUACAAGCCGUACAAGGUACUAAAGCAGAAGGACGCACCGGAUACUAGCCACACCCCACGACAAUCGACAUCCUCCACGACCCCUCGCUCAAGCAUAAGCGCCGAAAAUACACAGUUCUUACAGUCCCCAUCUGCACAGCAACACAUACAUAAAUCCCAAUCCAUGACCGACAUGACACUAACGCCGGAAGCUCCCGAAACCGAGAAGAAAAACAAAGCAGCUGCCAUGGCCUCAGCAUCUGCGAAAGCCUCUGGCAAGCUUCUAACGAAGUACGUGUCCGGCGCAAUCGUCGAUAUCCCACUAGCUGCUGCGGAGGGGUUUCGCGUUCUACCCGGUCUGUAUGGAGACAAGGUUCACGAUUACGGCCAAGUUAAGGACUGGAAAUCUGGAACAGUGGCUGGAGCAAAGUCCUUUGCUUUGGGGAUUGGCGAGGGCAUGACGGAUAUUUUUUACCAACCGUACAAGGGCGCGAGAGAUAACGGAGCGAAGGGGUUUGCGACCGGGUUUCUGAAAGGGACAUUCGGGGCGGUUGGCAAGGUAGCUCAUGGCUCUUUGGGUCUCGUUGCUUAUCCCGGGCAGGGGGUAAAACGGACUAUACAGCAUGCGCUGCGUAAUAAGCGUCGGAAGCAGGUGGUCGAUGCUCUGCAUGCCGAUGGUCAGAGCAUGCUUCGACAAGAGAAAGAACGGGGGCUUCGGGCUGCGGUAGUCCUGGAUCUGUUCGACCGACUGACGCAGAAGGGAGGAGACCUGAGUGAUGAUGAAGAUGACUAUCUGUGA